AUGUGGUUGAAAAACCAGCCACACCUUCACAGCCUCCUGGGCAUCCUUGUUCUCUUCAUCCUUGUUUCCACAGCAUCUGCUGCGAACCGUGGGUCUGACAUUCUCGACAAGGGCCGCAACAUCACCGACGGCGACACCCUUGUUUCGGCUGAUGGGUCAUUCACCCUGGGCUUCUUCCCUCCCGGGGUGCUUGCCAAGAGAUACCUCGGUAUAUGGUUCUCCGUGUCCGAGGACGCCAUCUGUUGGGUAGCCAACAGAGACCGUCCUCUCACUGACGCUCGUGGGGCGCUGGUGAUUAGUGACACGGGAAGCCUUUUCUUGCUCGAUAGCUUCGGCCAGGUUGUGUGGUCUUCAAACACGACAGGCGCUGCCUCCACGACGCUGCAACUGCAUAAUUCAGGCAACCUUGUCCUGAGCGAUGGGAGUGCCAAUGGUGCUGCCAUAUGGCAGUCAUUUGACCACCCAUCAAACACCUUGCUUCCCAGCAUGAAGAUUGGCAAGAACCUAUGGACCAGGGAAGAGUGGUACCUUACGUCGUGGGCUUCGGCCAAUGACCCUGCCACAGGGAAGUUUCGCUACAUUACUAACGGAGAAGGUGUGCCACAAAACAUACUCUUGGAUGGUGACAAAAUGAUCUACCGGUCAGGACCAUGGAAUGGCCUACGGUUCAGCGGUGUCACGGAGAUGACCUCGUAUUCUGACAAGUUUGCUUACCGGUUGACAAGCAGCUCAAGUGAGGUAACCUACAGCUAUGUUUCCAAGGCUGAAGCCUCCUUCUCGCGUCUACUUCUGACUGAUGACGGAGUAUACCAACGCCUGGUAUGGGACCCAACCAGCCGGUUGUGGAAGAUCUUCUUCCAAGCGCCGAGGGACAUCUGCGACCACUAUGGCAGGUGUGGGGCAUUUGGUCUGUGCAACGCCAAUGCUCCAUCAACGUCGUUCUGCAGCUGUGUACAGGGGUUCAGCCCGACAUCUCCAGUGCAGUGGAAGAUGAGGGACACCUCCAACGGUUGCCGCCGAAAGAUGGUACUGGACUGUGGCAAUGGAAUGUCCAGUACCACGGACGGUUUCGUGGUGAUAGACGGAGUGAAGCUUCCCAACACGCACAAUGUAUCGGUGAAUGCUAGCAUCACGUUCGAGGAGUGCAGGGCGAGGUGCCUGGCCAACUGCUCUUGUCUGGCAUAUGCGCCGUUGGAUCUCAAAGGAGGAGGCGCUGGAACUGGCUGCAUCAUCUGGACAGAGGACCUCAUGGAUCUCCGGUAUGUAGAUGGAGGGCAAAUCCUUUAUCUCAGAUCCACCAAGUCAGAAUUAGAUGGGCCAUCUGUAUCCAUGUUCCCAACUGGUAUCGUUAUCGGUGUAUCCGUAGCCUUGAUCAUCAUUCUGGUUCUCCUUGCCUUCUGGGUUAUUAUCACCAGGAGACGACAUCGCAUGCAAAGGGUAUUAGUACACAAUGGUCUGAGGGUGACAGGGGGUUCUGACAGCCAUUCUCCGAAUCCCGCUUCGCCCAUGACGUCCGUCCCUACAAUUGAUCUCCAUACUAUAAUAGAGGCUACAGGAAGUUUCUCCGAUGCAAAUAAAGUUGUUGAAGAAGGAUUUAGUGUUGUCUACAAGGGGCAACUACCUGGUGGUACAGUGGUUGCUGUAAAGAGGCUCAAACAGUCUCUUCUUACUGAUAAAGGCAGGCAGCAUUUCUCAAGGGAAGUGGAAGUGAUGUCAACGCUCACCCAUGUCAAUCUUGCUAAGCUCCUCUACUAUUGCCGGGAAGGAGAUGAGUGGAUACUAGUCUACGAGUGGAUGGAGAAAAAAGUUUGA